UAAGCCCCGCAGGGAAGCUCUGAGCAGAGGCCACAGGGAUCAGUAGCUGUCCAGCCCUCGAGCUUCUCCUGCCUUCCUUUCAUCUCCUCCUGCUCAUCUCGCUUCGGGAGCUGUAAUGGCGGUACGCAGGCCUUGGCCCAUUAUGGUCGCAAUGCUGCUAGUUCUGUUCGUGUGCCUGGGAGUGCUGGUGGACGCCUACCCCACCAAACCAGAGGCUCCGGGCGAAGACGCCUCCCCGGAGGAGCUGAGCCGCUACUAUGCCUCCCUGCGCCACUACCUCAACCUGGUCACCAGGCAGCGGUAUGGGAAAAGAGAUGCCCCCGCAGCUCUGUUCUCCAAACUGCUCUUCACAGACGACAGCGAGAACCUCCCAUUCAGGCCAGAAGGUUUGGACCAGUGGUGAAGACUCUCCCCGAAGCCUCCUGCUAGAUGAGCUAACUACACUGACUUCACUUGCAUGUUUGGUUUAAGAAGAGGGAACACUUCAUAUCUCAGUGUCCUGGACACCCAGGCUGGAGGGCUGUGCGUGUUCAUCUCCCCUGUCCCUAAAUAAAAGGCAAAUUAAACACAAA